CUGAGAUGAAAGUUGGAGUUAGUCAGAGCUGCGAUGAAGACAAAUCUGUUUCUGUCUGAAAGAAAAUAAAAAAGUUCAUCUGUUUUUUUGGUUUUUUUUUCAGUACUGAGGUCAGACAUGUCUGUCAGCAGCAAGAAGAGCUCUGAGGUUCAGUUUCUCUGCUCCAUCUGUCUGGAUGUGUUCACUGAUCCAGUCUCCACACCAUGUGGACACAACUACUGCAAGAACUGCAUCACUCAACACUGGGAUGUUAAUGAUGUGUACAAUUGUCCCUUAUGUAAAGAGGUCUUUCACUAUAGACCUCAGCUGAAGGUCAACACCUUCAUCAGGGAGAUGUCUGAUCAGUUCAGACGUGAAGCUCAGCAGGAAGCCAGCAGCAGCAGUUCAGAGCAACAAGCUGCCAAACCAGAUGUUCCCUGUGACGUCUGCACUGGAACCAAACUGAAGGCCCUGAAGUCCUGCCUGGUGUGUUUGGCCUCCUACUGUCAGACUCACUUGGAGCCUCAUCAGACAUGUUCACGUCUGAAAAGACAUCAGCUGAUGGAGCCUGUGGAGAACCUGGAGGACAGGAUGUGUAGGAAGCACGAUAAACCUCUGGAGCUGUUCUGUAGGACCGACCAGACAUGUGUCUGCAUGCUCUGCUCUGUUUUAGACCACAAGACUCAUGAGCUUGUUUCUCUGAGAGAAGAAUCUGAAGGAAAGAAGGCAGAGCUGGGGAAGACAGAGGCUGAAAUCCAGCUGAUGAUCCAGAAGAGGCGACUGAAGAUUCAGGAGCUGAAAGAGUCGAUGAAGAUCAGUAAAGAUGCUGCAGACAGAGAGACAGCAGAAGGUGUUCAGGUCUUCACUGCUCUGAUAAAAUCCAUUCAGAGAGGUCUGUACCAGCUCGUAGAGACGAUCCAAGACAAGCAGAAAACUACAGAGAAACAGGCUGAAGACUUCAUCAAAGAUCUGGAACAGGAAAUCUCUGAGCUGAUGAAGAGGAGCUCUGAGGUGAAACAGCUCUCACGCUCUGAAGACCACCUCCACCUCCUCCAAAGCUUCUCGUCCCCAAAAGCUGCUCCACCCACCAAGGACUGGACAGAGGUCCGAGUCCAUCCACCAUCAUAUGAAGGGACUCUGAAGAGAGCGGUACAUCAGCUGGAGGAGUCACUCAGGACCCAGAUGAAGAAGUUGCUCGCUGAGUCUGAGCUGAUGAAGGUCCAGCAGUAUGCAGUGGAUGUUACUCUGGACCCUGAUACAGCACAUCCAGACCUCAUCCUGUCUGAUAAUGGAAAACAAGUUCGCUGUGGUGCUGUGAGGAAGAAUCUUAAAGAUAAUCCCGAAAGAUUUUCUCAGUGUACCGGCGUUUUAGGACGUCAGAGUUUCUCUUCAGGAAGAUUCUACUUUGAGGUUCAGGUUAAAGGAAAAUCUGGUUGGGAUUUAGGAGUCGCCAGCGAGUCCAUCAACAGGAAGGGAAACGUCAGACUGAGUCCUCAGGAUGGUUUCUGGACUGUCUGGUUGACUGAUGGAACUGAGUACAAAGCUAUCGGCAGUCCUCCAGUCCGUCUCCAUCUCCAGUCUGUUCCUAAGAAGGUGGGGGUGUUUGUAGACCAUGAGGGGGGUCUGGUCUCCUUUUAUGAUGUAAAUACUGCAGCUCUGAUCUUCUCCUCUACUGGCUGUUGCUUCACUGACAAACUCCACCCGUACUUUGGUCCUGGUCUGAAUGAUGGCGGUGAAAACUCAGCUCCUCUGAUCAUCUGUCCUGUCAGUCACUCAGUCUGAUGCUUUUUCUAGAGAAGCUCCAUGAAGACUGGAUCUGUUUCAUAAAAAUGUUCAUUCUGAGCGUCUCUGUAGGUGAAGUUCUACUAGUGGAGUGAUGAGGCUGUAAAUGUCCUCAUCAACAAGUCACCAGUUCACGUCUGGAUUCUUCUGCAGCUCAUUCCACUUCUGUCUGUCUCCAUCUUUCAUUUUUAACCUUUAAUCAUCAUUUUUAUCUUAAUGUGAUCCAUUGUUGAUGGUCAGAAGCCUCAACAAGUUCAGACAUUAUCAAAACACCACUGGAUUAAUAAUCUCAGUGGAUAAAUUCACAUCUUUAAGUCUGGAUGUAAAAUAUUUUACCUGACAGUGAUGUUAAAUCUUGUGCAGCAGUUUUCUAUUCUCACUUUAAAGUCAUGUCAUUCAAUCAUUCUGUUGUAGAAAACAAGUUGUAGAAAAUAAGAAGUCAUUAUAUCACCCUGAUACUGACGUCCAUGAAGCAUGAACAUGAACUUGUGACUGUGAUUAAUGCUGGUUGUGAAAUAAAACGUCAUAUUGAAG